CACGGUUCCAAUGGAAACCGGACGACCCCGAAAUUGUGUCUGAUGUCCUGUUUGCUAUUGCCAACGUGAUCAGUUUUGCCAGAACCACCUACCUCAUGCCAGCCUUCGAAGUGCUGGGACCGUUACAGAUCUCUCUGGGCCGUAUGAUAGGCGACAUUACGCGCUUCAUGGUGCUCUUUAUGUUGGUCCUGUUUGCCUUCAUGGUCGGUCUACAUAACCUGUACUGGUACUAUGGGGCUCAAAGGAUUAAGAUGACAAUGAACGGCCAGAUUGUCUACGUACACGCUGCAGAGGCCUUUCAGGGGUUACGACAGACGUUCUAUAGUCUCUUCUGGUCAAUGUUCGGCCAGGUUAGCAUCAAUGACAUCAACGUGAAACACCCAGGUCCUGAGGGAA